AUGAGCGCACGCGGUAAAGGCGCUGAGCAGAAGUCCACCUCAGCCCAGGGACAACCAGCAGCCCCAGCUCCUCAGAAGAGAGGACCCGGCCGACCCAGGAAGCAGCAACAAGAGCCAACCAGUGAGCCUUCUUCUAAGAGACCAAGGGGCAGACCCAAAGGCAGCAAAAACAAGAGUCCCUCCAAAGCAGCUCAAAAGAAACCAGAAGCCACUGGACAAAAACGGCCAAGAGGCAGACCUAGGAAAUGGCCACAACAAGUUGUUCAGAAGACAUCUGCUCAGGAGACUGAAGAGACAUCCUCACAGAAGUCUACAGAAAAGGAUUAG